AGUGAAAUAACCAUUUUAAGAACUGAUGAUCUUUGGUUGGAACUGGAUGACGACGAUCUUGAAUGCACCGGUAUGACUGCGUCACACGAUCAGCUGAGGCUAUAUCAGUCGGUCGAUUCUACUCACCCGAAAAAAUCAGCGAUUGCAUUACCUCCACCUUCGCCUCAUAGUGCUCCCCCAAUUGGAGCAGGUUUUCGCUCUGAUAUUGACUCGACCACGUUUAUGCCGAUUCCAUGCACUUCGCAUAAAAUGGUUCCAACUCGCAGCAAUACGACAUUUACUGUUUUGGCACGUCAAAAUAAUACAAUACAAGAUCCAGCUUCAGUGCUCUCACGGCCAACUGAUCUUGAGCUUAAAACGCACAAUUCAAAUAUCUAUAAUUUUGAACUGCUUCAUAUUUUCCAGUCAGCAGUAAAUGAUAUGCGCUUACAGCAGUCACUAUCAACUCCAUGUCCAAGUGGAGGUGAUGAAACGGCAAUUUCGCGAAAAGAAGCAGAGUACCGACGUUUCAAGAGUGAAGGAUCAGCAGGAGCAUCGUGUUCAUUACCAGCGCCUGAAAUGGAUGUUGCAAUUGAUGAUUUUUCACCGAUCGCCGAUUCACGUUCAUCGCCACCAAAUCGUCUGAAUUUAUUCCAAGAUACGGUGACAAAUGGCCCAUUAACAAAGCAUUCUCAUACAGAACAAGUAAUGAUGAUGCAUACCUUGAAAACUAAAUUAUCAAAAUAUCAGAAUUUCAUUGAUAAAGCUUUCGAACACAUUGCGCAAGGAAGUGACGAGCAAAUUAUUGAAGGAUGUACAAUUGUAGCAAAAGUAAUGACGAAAGCUUGGAUGUUUCCAAAAAUAUCGCAUGAUUUAUCUUAUAGUUUAUGUGAUUAUUUAAGAGAUCAAGCAUAUUUUGAUACAUUGAUUAUUAUUUUUAUAAAGGCGCAAACGUGUGAAUCCGUAAGAUUAGCAUGUGGUCGCGUUUUGGAAGAAUGUUUAUCAUCAAAAAACAGAGAUUAUAUUGUCAACAAAGGAUAUUUGAAAAAGCUGGUGGCCACAGCUGAAAAACUUAGUAAAAACCCCGAGCAACAACGAAUGUCUUUGUCGAUCAUGGAGAGCUUAUUUAAACAUUCAACUGCCACAACAUAUAGGUUGAUUGAAUAUGGAGUUUUGGACCAUAUUUUGCUGACGUGUAAACGAGCUACUGAUACACCGAUAACUUUAAGGCAUGCAGCUUUAGCGCUCGCAAAUUUAUCACUUUAUAGUUGUUCGGAAGCUAAGAAGAAAAUUAUCCAAAAAAAGGUACCAGAUUGGUUAUUUCUUCUUGCCUCACAGCCGGAUGAUCUCACUAGGUACUAUGCAUGUUUAGCAAUAUGUAUGCUUGGUAGUACAAAGGAAAUGGAAACGGCAGUAAAUAAGUCCGGAACUUUGGCUUUAGUUGAGCCUUUUUUAUUAGCUCAUCCAGCGACAAGUUUUGCUGGCGAUCACUAUAAACAUUCACAAGGCCGACCCAAAGAGUGGCUUGUGAGGUUAUUACCAAUGUUAAAAUCGAAGUGCCGAGAAGCAAAAAGUAUGGCAGCUUUUCACUUUAAAAUGGAAGCAACGAUUAAAAAAGAUCAACAAAAUUUGGAAGUUUUUCAGGUAAAAAAAUUUUUUAGUAUUUUAUGA